GAAUCAAUAUCCAGCAGAACCUGCACAACACUGGCAACUCACAGCAUAUCAUAUCAUCACUUUGUUCUCACCCCUCAACCCACAGCACCAUGGCUUCAUCAAGUUUCUACGACAUGGCCAUAGGCACGGUACGAAUCCAACUCGAAAUGCUGUCCACAAUCAUCGCCAAAGCCGAAGCCUCACCCAUGGCGGCUUCCAUCCCCCAAGCGCGGAUUCACGAGGACAUGCUGCCAUUCACCUUCCAGGUAGACUGCGCGACGCACACGAUCCACAGAUGUCUCGCUCUCACAUCAGGCCAAUUCCCCAUGGCCGACGACGAAUGGCCGUUUGACUCCACAACCUAUGAGCAGAUCAAAGCCCGCAUCGCCAAGGCGGAAGAGCAGCUGGCCAUUGUCGACAAGGACAAGGUGAACGCGCGGGAGAACGAAGUCUGCGAGUGGUCUCUGGCUCGGGGGACUACUCACCUCAAGGCCACUGCGCUCGAAUUUGUGCGAGAUUAUGUUAUUCCCAACACCUACUUCCAUGUGGUGACUGCGUACGAUAUAGCGAGAAAGCAGGGCGUGGAGCUGUCGAAGAGGGAUUACAUCGUACCAGGCCUGGGGAAGCAUGUGAUUUCCAGGACUGAGGGCUAGUCAGAUGGACCUUGUGCAGAGCUGGACUGGUUUUCUUGGUGAGGUCAGUAGGAAUGUGUUCUGAUUUGGUAGGUUCGAUCAAAUACCUACUUGACUGAUAUACGGAAGAUAUCUACGGCGAGGUUGUGUGCCGAAGUGCCUCCCGAGGAUAUG